AUGACCGCAGAGAGCGAUUUGAGGGAACAGCUGAAAGAGCUCACCAAGCAAUAUGAAAAGUCAGAAAACGAUCUCAAGGCCUUGCAGAGCGUCGGGCAGAUUGUUGGUGAGGUUCUUAAGCAGCUAACAGAAGAGAAAUUCAUUGUGAAGGCUACAAAUGGACCAAGAUAUGUGGUUGGCUGUCGUCGUCAGCUUGACAAAAGUAAGCUGAAGCCUGGGACGAGAGUUGCUCUGGAUAUGACCACUCUGACUAUUAUGAGAUACUUGCCAAGGGAAGUGGAUCCGCUGGUUUAUAAUAUGUCUCAUGAAGAUCCAGGGGAUGUUUCAUAUUCCGAGAUUGGAGGGUUGUCAGAACAAAUCAGAGAGCUGAGAGAGGUAAUAGAAUUACCACUUACAAACCCAGAAUUAUUCCAGCGUGUGGGAAUUAUACCUCCAAAAGGCUGCUUGCUGUAUGGCCCCCCUGGUACAGGAAAGACGCUGUUGGCCAGAGCUGUUGCUAGCCAGCUUGACUGCAAUUUCCUAAAGGUGGUGUCUAGUUCUAUAGUGGAUAAGUACAUUGGCGAAAGUGCUCGACUGAUCAGAGAGAUGUUCAAUUAUGCCAGAGAUCAUCAGCCAUGUAUCAUUUUCAUGGAUGAGAUAGAUGCUAUUGGUGGUCGCCGUUUUUCUGAAGGCACUUCAGCUGAUAGGGAAAUUCAGAGGACUCUGAUGGAGUUAUUGAAUCAGAUGGAUGGAUUUGAUACUCUGCACAGAGUUAAAAUGAUCAUGGCUACUAACAGACCAGACACUUUGGAUCCUGCACUUCUGCGACCUGGAAGACUGGACAGAAAAAUCCAUAUUGAUCUACCGAAUGAACAAGCCAGAUUAGAUAUUUUGAAGAUUCAUGCAGGUCCUAUCACUAAACAUGGUGAAAUAGAUUAUGAAGCAAUUGUGAAGCUUUCAGAUGGCUUUAAUGGAGCAGACUUGAGAAAUGUUUGUACUGAAGCAGGUAUGUUUGCAAUCCGUGCUGAUCAUGACUUUGUAGUUCAGGAAGACUUCAUGAAAGCUGUUAGAAAAGUGGCUGAUUCUAAGAAGCUGGAGUCCAAGCUUGACUACAAACCUGUUUAAAUUAACCGUAUAAUCCAUGAUUAACUGCACAGGACGUACUGGGUUAAUAUAUAAAAAGAGAGAAAUAAUGUACCUCAUGGUUAUUAUCACAAGAUGUUUGUGUUACAUGUAGCUAGUGAUUUGAUAACACUAGGUGCAAGUUGGCUACAGAAGUGUUUUCUGUACAAUUCUGAAAUACAAUAUUCAUUGCAGCGCAGGUUAAGUAAAAUGUGUGGAGAUGUGUUCUCUUAGCAAUUACUGUGUGAAUCUGUAAAUGUGCCAGAAUGUGUUAGCAGACUUCAAGAAAGUCGGUUCAUUUCCUGACUUUUUUUAUAUCAAUUUUUCUUUCCUCCAAACAGUUGAAUAAAACUUGUUUAAAUCUGCUUA